AUGUACGGUGACAGGACUCCGUACUACCAACAUCCAAUGACCUACCAGCAGGGGUACACCAAGCUUACACCUCUUGGUCAGAUGCAAGAACUGCAACUUGGUUCAUACCUGCGCUCAGAAUACCUCAACCCGACUUCAGCCAAUGUAAUUGCUGGGCUCCAGGCGGAUGUCGUUGACGACAGACAGCUGCUUGUUCGCGCCGACAAUGGCGGCGAAGGUGGUGCCAUUGUCGAUUCUUCUGUUGCUCUUUUACAGGGUUUGUUCCCGCCGACGCCGCGCUCUCGCACGGGCCUCGCGAAUGGUACGACUGUUGUCGGGCCUAUGGGUGGUUAUCAGUACAUCCCGAUCGAGUCUGUUGAACCAAUCCAGAGCAUUCAGCUUGAAGGCUGGACCUCAUGUCCGAACUUUGAGAAACACGUUAAAGACUUCUACAACUCCCCUGGAUUCAAGAAAAAGGCAGAAGAAGCUGCACCGUUCCUGAAUGCUGUGAAGCCCUACAUCUUCGGUAUUGACAACACUCUGGAGAACAUGAUUUAUGACUAUUUACACACAAACUACAUUCACAACGAGACAUAUGCUUUCCGUCUGCCGCCGACGUUCCUCCAACAGGCACAAUAUUGGGUUGACUAUCACGAACAUGGUGUCUUCACUGACGUUGCCAAUCGUGGAAUCGGGAAUGUUGCCGGGCGCACAGUGUUGCCUUCGAUCAUCUCGGCCUUAGAGCGUAUUAACAAUGCCGAUGACCCUCUCCGUCUUGUCAUUCAGGAAGUAAGCUACAAACCGCUCAUUUCGUUGUUCAAUAUCACAAAUGUCACUGCUCGUUACCCUGAAUUGGACGGUCUUCCCACGUAUGCAUCUGCACUCGCAUUGGAGCUCCGCGACAACGAGGAGGGCGAGACGUUCAUUCGCGCCAAGUUCAAGAACGGUACGAGCGACUUUGAGGAAAUUCACUUGUUCAGCCACAGAGACGAUAUUGCGUUGAACGAGUUACUUUACCGUCUUGAUCUGACAUCCAUCGGUUCGACCGCUCAUUGGUGCCGCGUCUGCGGUCAACGUUCCGCACGUGGAUGCAAUAUAUGUAACCGCGAAGAGUACGAUCCUAGCAUCGCCACUCUUGUCUCCACCUCAAAUGAAUCGUGUAUCCAACGCAUCGCGGGAGCCCUCUCUUCUCCCUCUGCACAGCUCAUCUCCGCGGUACUCUUUGCGUGCCUGGCGUUCCUCGGGUUGUACAAGUUGUAUGCUGCGCGUUCGGGUACGAUGAGAUUGAGGGGUGGAUAUGAUCCACUGCCGACGUCUGCUCAGUAUGUUGAUGAACCAGCGAUGACGAAAGGACGGGGUCGUUUCUGA